UAGUUAACGUGGAAUGGUUGGGUGAAGACGAAAGCUUAGAUGGAGUCUCGCGGACACUCGAACCCGCUUCUGUCAUUUUCCACCUUCAUCCAUCAACACUGCGUCCGUCUCGCGACUCGUUUGGAUGACACCAAGCGAGCCCUAGCCCAGGCUCAUCACAAUCUUCUAUCCCCCAAACACGCCCUCGCCGCCACUGCUACUUUGGGUUCCCACCACGUCGCUAAGUCCCUCGCCGGCACCUCCGUUUACACCGUCAGCAAUUCCAACAAUGAGUUCGUUCUUAUUUCCAACGCCGACGGCGCCAAGUCCAUCGGAUUGCUUUGCUUUCGCCAAGAGGACGCCGAAGCCUUCCUCGCUCAGGUUCGAUCACGGAGAGGAGAACUUCGAGGCAAGGCUAGGGUUGUUCCAAUUACUCUCGACCAGGUUUACAUGUUGAAGGUUGAAGGCAUUGCAUUCCGAUUCUUACCCGAUCCAGUUCAAAUAAAGAACGCUUUGGAGCUCAAACCAGCCAACAAAGGAGGUUUUGACGGAGUUCCUGUUUUUCAGUCAGAACUUUUGGUUGUGAAGAAGAAGAAUAAGCGUUACUGCCCUGUGUAUUUCUCAAAGGAGGAUAUCGAGCAGGAACUGUCCAAAGUUUCCAAGGCAUCUAGAGGACCUGGUGUCUCUCAGCAUAUAGCGGUUGGUAGCUUGGAAGAUGUACUGAAAAAAAUGGAGAUGAGUGAAAGGAGUUCAGGAUGGGAGGAUUUGAUUUUUAUUCCACCAGGGAAAAGUCACUCUCAACACAUAAAAGAAAUUAAUGAAUGACUUCCAGCAUGCGAACUUGAUCUAACCAUAAUUUCAUGUGGUUUUCAUGAGCAAAUUAUUGUUGUCACGAUUUAAUCAGCUGUUGAGAUGCCAGGACCCCUGCCUUCAGAUAGUCGUGUUCUACCUCUGUCUUCUCAAUAGAAAUUCCUUUUGAUGCAGAUACUGCUUUAAGUUUCUUAGUGGAUAUAAGCUAAAUGUGUAUCAGAGGAUAUAAAGGCUAACGUACAUUUUCAAUUAUGAGGUCGUUGGAACCACCAUUGUUGAGUAUGCAAAGUACCAAAUGAAUGAGGGGUGUUCUUACUCAUA